AUGGAAUAUCCAUAGAACUUAUUGACACAAGGAAUUAAAUUCUCAAUCAUUGGAGAUAAUGUGGUGCAAGUCGUCUUACUCCCUGGGGAGCAGAUUAACUCUUAAAACAACUACGUGUAAUACUAUUCAGACAAUAUAUCAAUAUAAACUAAAAAAUCCUACUUCCUAACAGAAAAUCAAGUGACAGUUCUAAAUACUAGCAAGGAUAAUAUAGCGUAUGUGGGCAUAAGUGCUGCUAGUGGGAAAGUGAUGAUUUUAGAUGCUGCUAUUUUUAAUAAUUAUCUAAUCAAAGAAUCAUCAAUUAUAGCAACCAAUGAUAUUGCCGAAGUUGGGCAAUUCUUUCAUUUCUAAACCACCUAUUAAAAAAUAGUCUUUACAAAAGAUCUUAUGAAAUAACAAUUAAUCUUCAUAAAAACUAAUGGCACAGUCAUUGAUAAAGAUCUUGGAGAUGGAGAAUCCAUUGUAGUGCCAAACAAUUCAAUUUUGGGCAUACAAGACUUUAUUCGAUAUGAAAUUAAUUUAAAAGACACCACCAAAGUUAAGUUGAUUGGGCCUGGUAACUUUUUGAAAUAUUCAUAAUAGGCAGAAUUCUAUUUGAAAUUAACAAUCAAACUAUGGAAAAUAAUCUGGGUUCGGCAGGAAGGAAACAUUUAGCAAAAUUCUUUAUGGCUAUGUCUUUUGUUUUCUUUGCUCUUUUUGUAGAAUUAAUUUUCGAUAUGUGAG